AUGAAUAAUAUCAAUGAUUCAAACAAUAGAGUUGAUGCGAUUCAAGUAGAUGAUGAUAUUACAAAAGAUGUGAAUGCUUUGAUUCAUGUGGAACCUAUUUCUCCCAUUGAUGUUGAAUCAAUUCCAGUUGAUGGCACUUCGGGUGGUGCAACAGAUGAGAGUUCACCAAUUGGAGUUCAAGCUAGUUCUUCUAAUGCUAUGGAUGAGAGUUCUUCAAUUCCAGUUACUCAGGAGUUGUUGGGGAUUACAGUUACCUCAAUUGAAGAAGCAUUUAAUUUAUAUAAUGACUAUGCUUUUAGAUUGGGAUUCAGUGUUAGGAAGGGCAAGCAGUACUAUGUUUCCGGUAGUCAGACUAUUAAAAUGAAGAAAUUCCACUGUGCAAAGAGUGGUUUUAAGGACAACAAAAAAAAAAGAUUCAAGUUGAUUGUGACAAAACAUGUAAAGGAUCAUAACCAUGAGUUGUGUCCACCUUCUAACAGCUAUCUUCUUCGGUCACACAGAAGUGUUGUUGAUACCCAAUUGGAUUAUUUAAAAAACUUGAAAAGGAGUGGGGUUGCAUUGUCGGAUGGCAUUCGAUUUUUGAAACACCAGUCUGGAGGUUCACCUUUGGUUGGAUUUACACCAAGGGAUGCUUAUAAUAGCCUGCAUACAGAUUCGAUAAAGAGAUUAGAUGGGACCGAUUCAAAUUCACUAAUUGAAAUAUUUAGACAAAGGCAGUCGAAUGAACCCAACUUUUUCUUUGAUUUUGAAUUAGAUGAGGAUGCAAGACUGUGUAAUUUUUUUUGGAGGGAUACAAGAAUGAAGGAGGAUUUUGUGUUGUUUGGUGAUUUAGUAGUGCAUGACACAACGUAUCGUACUAAUAAGUAUGAUAUGAUUUGUGGUCCCUUUGUUGGAAUGAAUCACCACUGUAUGAAUAUAAUGUUUGGGUGUGGGUUUUUAUUGAACGAGAGGACUGACUCAUUUGUUUGGUUGUUUAAAACAUUUUUGCGAGCUAUGGGUGGUAAGUGUCCACAAACAAUCAUGACCGAUCAAUGUGCUGCUAUGUCUGCUGCAAUUUCUCUGGUUUUCCCAAGUGCAAGGCACAGACUGUGUAUUUGGCAUAUUGGAGAGAAUUCAAAGAAACAUAUUAAAUGUCUAAGGAGUCAAAACGGCUUUAUGGAGUUAUUUAAUUUUCUGUUGAAGUACACAGACACAGAAGCUGAGUUUGAAUUUUAUUGGAAUAGGUUGGUGACGGACUAUAAUUGCCAUAAAAAUGUUUGGUUAAACAAAUUGUAUGAUAUUAGGGAGAAGUGGUGCCCUGCUUUUAAUAAAGAUUACUUCUCUGGAGGUAUCUUAUCUUCCCAACGGAGUGAGACUACAAAUCAUUCAAUUUCAAGAAGGUUAUCUAAAACAUCUGGGUUGUCUGAUUUUUACAACUCUUUUGUUAAUGUGGUUUCUGAGUGGAGGAGCAAAGAGAAUGGGGAAGAUGUGCGGUGUUCUCAAGGGUUGCCUACAAUGGCAUUGGAUCAUGUAAAACUUCUUUUACAUGCUAGGAAUGUAUACACUAUUGAGGCUUACUACUUGUUUGAGCAACAAUUUUUGAAAGGUGCUGCUUGUCAUCAAGAGAGUGUAGCGAGCAAUGUUGAUGAGCUUAAAUAUCACAUAUGGCGGCCGGAUAUUGACAUUAUUCGGCAUGAGGUUUGUUUCAAUAUUAAGGAUAUGAACAUAUGUUGUACUUGCAAGUUUUUCUCCGAGAUGGGUAUUCUUUGUUCACAUUGUUUGCGUAUUUUGAACAUUCAUUGUGUUGAAAAAAUUCCUGAGAAAUAUAUUUGUAGAAGGUGGACAAAAAAGGUUGUUGAACACAGGAUUAUGGACAUUGCAUCUUCUUCUAGUAUUUUGACAGUUGCUUCUCCAAUUUGGGUUAUAGAUAUGGGUAGAAAAUGGCAAAGGUUAGUUCUAUCAAGUCAAGACAAUUGCAAAGCUCGACAAGUAUGUGAAAACCUUAUUGAAGAUGGAAGAAGAAGGAUUGAAGGUGAGGUUGGUCCUAUUUGCUUUGAUGAUUUGGAAAGAUCUAUGCGAAGUAGUGGUAUACAAAAUCCAGAACGAAGUGGUGUGAAAGGCGACCGUAAUCGAAGGCCAGUUAGUACAGUACAAAAAAAGUAUAAUCAAGCAAGUGGCCGAAAAAAUUAUGCAAAAAGAGUUGAAUAUAACACAAAGGCUGCCGUCCAAUCUUCUAUGCAAGAAGUUGUGUCUAAUAUUGUUGGCAGUGGGUAUCUUGUUCAUCCUAAUGACACUACUAGUUCAGAAUUGAUUUGUGUUAGGUCUAAGUCUCAAAACAAUUCAAAUGAUAGUUAG